AUGGAGCGGGAGUUGUUGACCAUGAGUCGUACCCAGAACCUUCGCGAUAUUGAGUCGAACAAUGAGAAAAAGCACUCGCACUGGCGCGAUUGGGCCUUUGUCCUUCUGUGGGGUGCUACUGGCUAUGCGUGCAUCAUUUUGAUGGUGUUGCUCUACUCUAACCCGAAGCUUAUACCCUUCGAUAUCUGUUCAUUGCUGUUUCGCAAGGAGAUUUCUCCAUUCUUCGCAUUCUCGCAAGGAACGGGUCAUUACUCCAAGCCCCAAGGCUUCAAGAUAGUCGCUCUAGUUCCCUUCCAUUACCAUGGGCGUACCGAAAUAUUGGACUGCUAUUUGCAGAAAAACUUGGUCCAUAAUAAUGGAUUUCUUGAUCAGGUCAUCUUUGUGCCGCAGACUGAUGACGCUGUCGACAUGGAAUGGCUUUAUUCGAUCGUGAAUCAAACACCCGAGUAUGCCAUUUCUUCUCGAUAUCAUGAGAUAGAAUGGGAAGUUGCAAAGAAUAAUGUGAUGUACAUCCGAAUCGACGGCGAUAUCGUGUUCCUGGAGGACAACGCCAUUCCGACCAUCGUCAAAACGAAACUCGACAAUCCAAGCACGCUGAUGGUAUCGGCCAAUGUGAUAAACGAGGCAGCUCUCGCAUCUCUCCACAGUCAUCCGGGAACUGCACUCCCAUAUCUACCUGAAUUGUACGAUGUGGAACAACCGUCCCGAUCAAAGCUUCAACUGAAGCACGACUGGCGAGCUUCGAAUCUUCCAAACUGGCAGGGCCCGCCGAGCUUCAAAAUAAGCAAAGACUUUGAUCCGCCAUUUGAAGGGCAUCGCUGGCUACUCCCCAGGGAUGCGGGUUCUGAUCGAGAUCCUAUCGCGAGAUCCGUAUACACCGACACCGGUCCAACCCUGCAUGACUGGACUGUUGGUGCGCAGCAACAUUACUCCUUUUUACACCACCUAGAACACAAUGAUUUGGGCCGUUACAAGUUCCCGAUGUGGGUCGAUCCAACCGAGCCCACCAGCGAUAAUUUUGGGUGCUUCUGGGGUAAUGAUGCAGUGGAUGUGCACCGUAUUUUCCGCAACAACCAAAAUGGAUCCUCCCACAAUUGGCAUAUGUCGGAUGGCUCUCGUCCGCAUAUCAUUAUAGAUGGCAAGGGGCUUGUUUCACAUUAUUCUGCUCGCCAAGGUGCGGCUGGUCUAGACGCCACGGAUCUCAUAACUCGUUACCGAGCAUAUGCGCAGGAGAAAGUGUGUUUGCAGACUGAGUGA